GUCAUUUGUGUGCUUCGCAGGCAUUUUUGAUUGCCUUGUGUGUUAAUCCGUUUAUUUGAAUGUGAUGGGUUUUUGUCUGCGGAGACGUUAUUGAACGAAUGUGAUGCGCGAUGGAUGAUGCCUCUCGGAAAGAGAGGCUGCUUGCAGCCAGAAAAAAGCUGCGUGAAUAUCAGCAGAAGAAGAACGUUAGUGGUUCUUCUCCGAAUCCAGAAGAUGGCAGUCCUGUGCGUACACCUACACCUACCCAGCAGGCAUCGACGCCGUUACGAACCCCGACGCCGUCUCAGCAUUUUUCAGUGACAACCCCGACAUCUGUGAUUUACGAUGUUGAAGAGCAGCAGAAGAAUGGGGAAUUGCCGACGACGCAGUCACUGUUCGGACCUGCAAUGAGUGAAGCGCAAGAAGUUUCCAAGAUUUUCUCUUCGGAAGAUGUCACGCCCUUUGAUUUUAUCGGAAAUGCUGCGGAAGAGAAGAAAGUCGACCAAAUUGCUUUGUCAUCCCCGCCGACGCAGUCGACCCCUGACCCCGCGGAAAUCUCGGCCCACCUAAGCACAAUCCGCCUGUUGGUCGACGAACGAUCCUCUUUGGAAGCCGAACUCGCAGCGUCUCGCUCUGAAGCGCGCCUCAAAGACGCGGAAACGCAAGAAGCCAACAACCAGCUAGCGUGGUAUCGUAAACGAGUCUCGGAACUCGAAGCUGCGUCUCAAGAACUCAAGUGUUCGCAAGAAAAGCUCGUGGGCGAAUUGCAGAGGAUGUCGGUGAUGUCCGAGAGGAAGGACAAAUUAGAGACGUUGGUUGAAGAGCAGCGAGCCGACGUUGCUGAAUUGGGAGCGCGAUUAAACGGGGCCUUGGCGGAAUUGGACGAUGUGAAAAAGAGGUAUCAGGAGUCCGAGGCGAGAUUGAAACUGGCUGAUUUACGAUUAGCGAGUACAGAGAAAACUGCCAAUAUUGCGUGGUGGGAAGGCGAGAAGGAGAAGCUUCUACAGGAAAAGGCGAUGGUUGAAGCGGAAGCUGCUAAAAAGAUUGCGAGUGCGAAAUCUGCUGCUGAAGAAGAAUGGAGUGCUGUCGUUGAGGACUGGCGCCGUAAAACAAUUUCUGCAGAGGAUGACGUCAAGUUACUGCAGCAGAAAGUGUGUGAAUUGGAGAAAGCCGUUGCUGAUGCAAAUGCAUUCCGACUCGAACGAUUGAAGGAGGAUGAAGAGCGUGCUCGUGCUGAGGCGCAAAAGGCGGAAGAGGGCGACGCUGGACCCGCAUGUCCGCACUUGGACUACGACGCUUUGGUGGCAGACCAUGCGCGGCUACGCUCUGUGAUAGUAGGACUGGAGGCAGACCUGGAGGAUGCUCGUAGAGUUGUUACGGAUUCGCAAAUGCUGGCUGCGACUGCUGCAUCUGAUCAACUGGCAGCAUCGCGAGCCCUGGCCCAAAAUAGGACAAUGAAGAAACAGUUGGACGAGUUGCAAGAAGCCUUUGUCAAGAUGAGUCACUCCAAAAUGGCCGCUGCCAAUGAACUCGACUCCAUAAAGCACGAAAAGGCUGAAUUAAUCGCAAAGAGACUGAUCAGGAUGCCAAUGCUGAUCCCUGACUCUUUCUUCACGAAACCACCUGCCAAGCACCAACACAAGAGCAAGCCUGGAAAAACGAUACUAAUGCGUAGUCGCGGAUCAUCAAGAUCAUCAUCAUCAUCUCAUUGCUGGUUUGAUGAAGACGAAACUAGGGCUGGAGAAUCUCCUCAGUCUCUCUACGGAUGCAUGCCUUGGAUCAAGUUCCCGAUGUUUCCGUCGCAUGCGAAUAUUUUACAGCCAUUCAUAUCGAUUCGAACGAAAUCUGCCGAUUCUGAGGAUCGAUCGUUGGAGCAGGAGGACGAGGCGUGCAAGGAUUUCCCGAAACGAAACUGUUGCGAUUUGCCGAAAGACGAUUUCGGCACCUUGGAUGAAGAGGUGAGAGGUUUGCGAGCAGAACUCGUUGCCAAAGCGGAUGCCUUGGAAAAUUCGAGGAAAGAGCUGCUUUGCAAAGAAGGAAUCGAAGACCGGUUGCAGCACUACCAUGUUCAGCAUCGACAUUUGUCUCAGGGCCUCGAAUUGCAACUAGUUGAAGCUAAAACGACUAUAGAAGAACUGAGACAAGAAAGGAACGAACUCAAGGAGCAGUUGGCGGAUAUUCGCAGCCAGCAGUUGUUGAACGGGGUUUCGGAAGUGAACCCUUCAGCACCCGGCAUCGAUGGUCUGACUAAACGACUGAUCGAGGUUGAAACUGAGAAGGCUGUGUUGGCUGACAAACUGGAGAAACUUCAGAUCGCCAGCAACAAGGAAGGACUUAUCCAGGGGAUGUCUGCCGAACUUGAAAACAAGUUUAAAGCCCUGAUGGAUAAUUAUGCUGCUGUGUGCGAUCAGAAGCAACAGUUGGAGCACUUGUGUACUCAGUUGCAAGGGGAAACUGAUACGAUUGGUGAAUACGUUGCCUUGUAUCGCGUCCAGCGAAGCUUGUUGACGAGACAGGCGGAAGAGAAAGAAAUGGAACUGAGACGAUUGAACAAGGAGCGGGAAGUGAUGAGGCAGAAAUUAGCAGAACUCGAAGGACUAGUGGUGCAGCAGUUGAAGAAGGGCAAACAACAGCAGCAACAAUCAUCAUCAGCAUCGACAUCAGACGCCGUCAACGGAGAUCACUACGCGGAAAAUGAGUCCCAAUCCGCGCAUCAGGAAGACGAGUAUGGCUCAAAAAUCAUGGCGGUGUUGUCAGAAGUCAAAGAGUCGGACUUGAUUGCUGAGCAGACUCUGGAGACUUGCUGCAACGAAGCUUUUCACCCUUGCGUGUGUUGUUCCGGGAAAUUGAUUACCGUUUGACCAAAAUGAGGAAGCGUUUUUGUGUUGCUGAUGGAAAGGUUUUUUUUUUUUUCGUUUUGUGUAGAAUUUUAUUUUGCUUUGUCAUUGCUAAUCAUCGCACAUUCCUCAAAUCGUUCCGCGCGAUGUUCGUGCCUUGUUCGCGAUUUGACCACGAGAAAGGUUUGGUUUUUUUUUUUACACGUAUUUCCUGAAUUUCGUGAUUCUAGUCUUUUCGGUCGUCUUGUCCUGUGGUUGCGGUUAAGAAAGAAAUCAUAGUUAAUUGCUGAACUUCCGCGUUGCAUAGAUUUACCAUUAUAUUUUUCGUUCUGGGUUAUUUGGGGUGGUACGCAUUGGCGAAUGAAUAAAUAGUUUGCAAUGAA